CUUUUUUCUUCCAAAGCCUUUCCUGGCCGAACCCGCAUCAUCCUCAAGAUGGCGGAACCUUCCCCUACAGCCCAGCCGCCGCUGCGAAUCGGUACCCGGAGAUCCAAUCUGGCUGUCGUCCAGGCGGAGGGCAUCCGCGAUAGUCUGAAAAAGAUCGCACCGGACCUAUCCUACGAGAUUCAAGCGCUCCGCACUCUCGGUGACAAAGAUAAGUCAACGGCGCUUUAUAACUUUGAGGGAAAAAAUCUUUGGACCACGGAGCUAGAGGAAAAGCUCAAUUCCGGCGAAUUAGAUGUCAUCGUUCAUUGUCUGAAGGAUAUGCCAACCAAACUACCCGACUCAUGCGAGCUAGCAGCUAUUCCACUCCGGGACGAUCCCCGGGAUGCCCUAAUCGUCAAGGCCAGCCUGCCUUAUACCAGCCUGGCGACACUGCCCCAGGGCGCGGUGGUAGGCACCUCGUCAGUCCGGCGGUCGGCGCAGCUGCGCCGCCUGUACCCUCAUCUCCGCUUUGCCAAUCUCCGCGGCAAUGUGGAUACUCGUCUCGCCAAAGUGGAUGACCCGAACAGUGAGUACAUCUGCAUGAUCAUGUCGGCUGCGGGCCUGGAGCGUAUUGGCUUGAAACACCGCAUCAACCAGUAUCUGGGCUCUAAGGAUGGGGGGAUCCUACAUGCUGUUGGUCAGGGAGCGCUUGGCUUGGAGAUUCGCAAGGGGGAUACGAAAAUGCGGGAUUUACUUGGCCGGCUGGCCGAUCGGAAAUCUACUCUUGCUGGCAUUGCCGAGCGGUCGCUCAUGAAAACUCUGGAAGGUGGUUGCAGUGUUCCGAUUGGGGUUGAGACGGAGUGGCUUGAAUCGGGAGACUUGAGGAUGCGGGCCAUUGUUGUCAGUCUGGAUGGCGCGCAAAGCGUGCAGGAUACCAUUGAUAUGAAUGUUCAAAAUGUCGACGAAGCAACGGCCCUCGGGCAAGCACUAGCGGCGAGACUGGCCAAAGCAGGCGCAGAGGCAAUUCUGAACGACAUCGUUGCCAAUCGGCCAGCCAAGGAAUGAUGAUAUGAUAUAC